AUGGCGGGAGGGGAAGGAGGGGAUGAGAUUAGGAGACGGGCGGCAAAGAUAGGUGCCGCCGUCCGGAAGGCGGCGGAGAGCGGCGGCGAGUGUCGCCGGGAGUUGGAGAGGUUCAUUGAGCAUAUUAGUAAGGAAAAGGACAUCCCGUCGCUUGAUGGCUGCUUCAGCCCCGAGUUCAGAAGGUUCAUCCAGACCCAACACAAGUUCAUUAGGCUGAACUCGGGCAGGGUCUACAACACGUGUCGAGCGAUCGAGGGUCCGUUCAUGGAGCUCAUCGAACGGGCCGAGAUCAGUGGGGGGAAGAAACAGUGGGCUCUCGGCCCGUUCAACCCAAUCGACAACCCCGGGAGAACGGGACUAAUCCCUUCCGGACCGCGCCACGGGUGCCUGAAAUGGCUAGACGGGCUGGAGCCGGGCUCGGUCGUGUUGGUCUCGUUCGGGACCACGACCACCUUUCCGCGGAAACAAAUUCACGAGCUGGCCAUCGGAUUGGAGAAUAGCGGGCAGAAGUUCGUUUGGGUCCUACGAGACGCCGACGUGGGAGAUGGUGUAAUGACGAAGAAUGAUGACAUCAUCGCGCUUCCGGAAGGGUUCGAGGGGAGGGUCGAGGGUCGUGGGCUCGUGGUGCGCGAGUGGGCCCCGCAGGUGGAGAUAUUGGGCCACGAGGCGGUGGGAGGGUUCGUGAGCCACUGCGGUUGGAACUCGUGCAUGGAGAGCAUCUCGAUGGGGGUGCCGAUGGGCGCGUGGCCCAUGCACUCGGACCAGCCGAGGAAUGCGGUGCUCGUGACAAAGGUGUUGGGAGUCGGGAUAACGGUUAGGGAGUGGGCCCGGAGGGACGAGAUCGUGGGGGCCCGAGAAGUCGAGCAAGGGGUAAGGAGGCUCAUGGGGCCGGGGGAAGGGGCGGAGGUGAGGCGGCGAGCGGCGGAGCUUGGCCGCGCCGUGAGGGAGGCAGCGGCGGAGGAGGGUGGGCCGAUGAGGUUGGAGUGGGACUCUUUCAUUUCGCAUAUAACUAGGUAG